CAACAGCACAAUAUCACAACAGCACAGCAGCACAGCGGCACAACAAAAUGGCAUCCACUCUCCUAGAAAUCGACUCCCUCGAAGCAACCAUCAUCAUCGACAACGAGCUCGACACCAUGUCCCCCGUCGCCCCAGACACCGUGCAGGUCACGGGCCAAAUGCGCAGUCUGGCCACGGACUCUCCGCACUUGAUCCACGACCGAGGGGACGCGAGAAGGGAGCUCCAGAUGGAGGAUAUUUGUUGCGCUGCACAUGGGCUGUCUAUUCUAGUGACCGCCACGAAAGACGGAGAACGACACACGCUCCUCUUCGACGCAGGACCAGAAGGCGAAGCCUGGGAGCGGAACGUCAAGAGACUCCGUCCGGACCUUUCAGCCGUGGAACUGGUCCAGUUAUCACACUGGCAUCGGGAUCAUUCUGGCGGUCUCCAACGCGCAAUUCAGAUGAUCACAUCCGCCCGACAAAGCACAAGCAACAGCCACGGCGAUGGUCAUGGACCGAUAGUAGACGUCCACCCAGACCGUCCCGACUACCGGGGCAUGGCUAUCGGGGAGAAUAUCAUCUCUUUACAGGCAGAUCCCACCUUCGCGGAACUGAAAGAGGCCGGGGGUGUGGUGGAGAAGCAUGACGACGGACAUACGGUUCUGGAUGAUUUCUUCUUCGUGUCCGGCGAGAUUCCCCGGCGGACGGGGUAUGAGAUGGGUCUGAGGGGCGGGAUGCGGUUCGAUAAAGAUGAAGGCGAUUGGUUCUCUGAUGAGGGUAUUGCGGAUGAGCGGUUUUUGAUGUGUAAUCUGAAAGGAAAGGGCAUCGUCAUGUUCACGGCAUGCAGUCACGCCGGGGUGGUCAAUUGCGCGCGACACGCUAUCGAUGAGCUGGGGGGUGAUGUCCCUCUGCAUGCGAUUAUCGGGGGGUUCCAUCUUGCGACGAGUGACGCGGCGCAGCUGGAGAGCACUGUGAGAGAUCUGAAGAGACUUGAUCCAGCGGUUAUCCUGCCGGGACACUGUUCGGGUUGGAGGGCCAAGUUCGCGAUUGAGAGGUCUAUGCCGGGGGCGUUGGUGCCUUGUUCGGUGGGUAUGAAGAUUACGUUCUAGAUUGUGCCAAGUGGUUCGAUAGUCCUCAAGAUGGAAAUACGCGUGAGGCGAGGACUAUGAUGAUGCUUUUGAGCUGUCGCGCACAGCUCCGCAGAUGUCUGAAGCACAGCUUUGAGGAAGUCUCGCUCGCAGUUUUGUGGAAGACUCGGGCAUGAGGCUGUCGGGUUUGUCUCCUGACGGUCCCUCCGGCCAAGCUGGAGUCUGUAAUGGUGUGUUGGAGAGGUGUGCUAUCUCCCACAGAUUCUCUCGACGGGCUGAUUCAUUGAUGGUCCUAUCCUAUGGUCUUGGAGCCUUGACUGACACGCAAUGACAGUGGCUGUCUCUUUGGAAGAUGCAUGGUGUCAAUAUCUACAGGCACAAGCUUCACGAGUUGCAGGUAUAUCCUGGCCAUGCACUGGCUCAGCAAAUGUCUACAUCUGAUAUCUAUUGAAUUGGGAUCUGAAAGGGCCAGUCUGGAGCCUAGUCAAAAGACAUGGUGAACCCCUAAAGAUGAC